UCUACUCCCUCCCCACCACCCCGUCUCCCUUCCGUUCACUACCCUCUCCAUCAUCCUCUACCUCCUCUUCCCUUCUCUCUCUCUCUCUCUCUCUCAUCCCCUCGCCAUGCCUCUCUUCUCUUCUUAAUCCUGACGGAUUCUUUGAUCCAGAAGAACACAAUGGAAGAGGAUCCACAUGAACCGGCCGAAACGGCCUCCUCCCCGCCGGCCGCUUCCUCGCAGGGGCCGGAACCCAGUGGGGCCCAUCCACCCGCGGGCCCCACCCCCGACGACGACAUCUUUGAGCCCGUCUCCCUCGGCAAUCCCGACGAUGCCCCCGCCACAGCCGACUCCGUCCGCUCCCCUACGUCCGACAACCUGAAUCGCUCCUCCGGCGCAGACACCGCCUCCGAUUCCUCCCCCUCCGCCACCGCCGCGGCGGAGCUCCACGACUCGCUCUACGCUGACAUGCACACCUCUCCGCCCUACAGCCCCUCCGGCUCGGAGCUCGGGCUGUCGCCCUCGUCGGGAAGCUUCGAUUCCUACUUGUCUCCCGUGGGCUCGCCUACGAAGCCGAGGGCAAAGCCGGCGAUGCCUGACAUUCCGCCGGAGCUCGUGCAUCUGGUGGACGCCGCCAUCAUGGGGAAGGCGGAGAGCAUCGAGAAGCUCAAAUCAAUGGUCUCGGAUGGUGGCGAUUUCGGGGAUGUGUCGAGAUCCGUGGUCGAUGCUCUGCUUGUUACCAUGGGUGGAGUGGAAGGCCUUGAUGACACCGGUACUCGUGCUUCUGUAAAUCCUCCGAAUGUGAUGUCAAGUUCCAGAGCUGCGUUGGUUGCUGCUGAGCUGAUCCCUUGGUUACCUUGGGAAGGAGACUCAGAGACCCACAUGUCUCCGAGAACAAGAAUGGUUAAAGGUUUGCUUUUAAUUUUGCGAGCUUGCACUAGAAAUCGUGCAAUGUGCUCGGCUGCGGGAUUGCUUGGGGUCCUGCUGCAAUCAGCAGAGAAAAUAUUUGUCGAUUCCAUUGAUCGGGUGCCAUGGGAUGGCACACCAUUGUGCCGGAGCAUCCAGGUUUUAGCAGGGCAUUCAUUGAGUGUAAUUGAUCUUCACCGCUGGCUUGGAGUGGUAAAGAAGACCCUGAAAACUGACCGGGCAACACCAUUGAUAUUGGCGCUGGAGAAGGCGAUGCGGAGCAAGGAGACCCGUGGCCCAGCAUGCACGUUUGAGUUUGAUGGUGAGAGCUCUGGCUUGCUUGGUCCUGGGGAGAGCCGGUGGCCCUUCUCUAAUGGAUAUGGUUUUGCCACAUGGAUAUACAUAGAGUCGUUCGCUGACACUCUCAACUCGGCGACUUCCGCUGCUGCCAUUGCUGCUGCAGCUGCAGCACGGUCGGGCAAGACAUCUGCGGUGUCAGCUGCAGCGGCAGCAAGUGCACUUGCAGGAGAGGGGACCGCACAUAUGCCAAGGCUCUUUAGCUUUCUAUCCUCUGAUAACCAUGGUUUGGAAGCCUACUUUCAUGGCCAGUUCUUGGUAGUGGAGGUUGGUGGUGGGAAGGGUAAAAAGGCUUCUUUACAUUUCACGUAUGCAUUCAAGCCACAGAGUUGGUAUUUUGUUGGGUUAGAACAUACUUCCAAGCUGGGUUUGCUUGGAAAGGCAGAGAGCGAAUUGAGAUUGUAUGUAAAUGGGAACUUGCAUGAGAGCCGUCCUUUUGAGUUUCCACGGAUCUCAAAGCCAUUGGCUUUUUGUUGCAUAGGGACGAAUCCACCCCCCACAAUGGCUGGUCUACAGCGACGUCGGAGGCAGUGCCCCCUAUUUGCGGAGAUGGGGCCUGUUUAUAUCUUUAAGGAACCCAUUGGACCAGAGAGAAUGGGUCGAUUGGCUUCAAGGGGAGGAGAUGCGCUGCCUUGUUUUGGACAUGGUGCAGGUUUACCCUGGUUGGCAACGAAUGACCAUAUGAGGAGUCUGGCAGAAGAGAACUCGAUGUUGGAUGCUGAGAUUGGAGGAAGCCUGCAUCUUCUAUACCACCCUAGUUUGCUAUGUGGGCGGUUCUGCCCAGAUGCAUCUCCUUCAGGUGCUGCAGGUGUUCACCGAAGACCUGCUGAGGUCCUUGGUCAAGUUCAUGUUGCUUCUCGAGUACGCCCAGCAGAAUCUAUGUGGGCCUUAGCAUGGGGGGGUCCAUUGGCUUUACUUCCACUGACAGUCAGCAAUGUUCAGAUAGAUAGCCUGGAACCUGUGACUGGUGAUUUUCCGAUGUCUCUUGCAACAGCUUCACUCUCUGCCCCUAUUUUCAGAAUUAUCUCCAGUGCAAUUCAACAUCCUGGAAAUAAUGAGGAGUUAUGUCGAGCACGGGCACCUGAGCUUUUGUCAAGAAUUUUACAUUAUCUGCUGCAAACUCUAUCAAUGCAGGAACUUGGAAAGCAAAAUGGAUUGAGUAAUGAGGAAGUUGUUGCUGCAAUUGUGUCCCUAUGUCAAUCUCAGAAAAAUAACCAUACAUUUAAAGUGCAGCUUUUUGGUACCUUGCUUUUAGAUUUGAAGAUGUGGAGUUUGUGCAACUAUGGUUUACAGAAGAAGCUUUUGUCUUCACUUGCAGACAUGGUGUUUACAGAAUCAUCAGCCAUGCGGGAUGCCAAUGCCCUGCAAAUGCUUCUUGAUGGCUGCAGAAUGUGCUAUUGGAUUAUUCGCGAAAAAGAUUCUGUUGAUACUUUUUCACUUCAUGGUGCACCAAGACCUAUGGGUGAAGUAAAUGCUCUGGUUGAUGAGCUCUUAGUGGUCAUUGAGCUUUUAAUAGGAGCAGCUCCAUCUUCAUUGGCUGCCAAUGAUGUUCGUUGCUUGAUAAAUUUCAUUGUUGACUGUCCACAACCUAAUCAGGUUGCGAGAGUGUUGCACCUAAUAUAUAGACUGGUUGUGCAGCCGAAUACGUCUAGGGCUCACACAUUUGCACAGUCAUUUAUAUUGUGUGGUGGGAUAGAGACAUUUCUUGUUCUUUUGCAGCGAGAAGCCAAAGCUGGUAAUCAUAAUAUUUUGGAUAACUUUAGGGUAUCUGCUGCUGAUAAUGCAUCUGCAGAUGUUUCUAGGAAGGUAACUACUGGUGGUGAACCAAAAAGCCAGGAUGAUGAACUAGAAUCUCCUGAACAGAAGGAAUAUGGUUCUCAGGAGGAGAGCACAAAAUUUGGGUCUUUGAAUGCUAAUAAUAGUUCUUUUAAGGUUUCCUUGGGCACAAACAUUGAAAGAAUGACAUCUGCUUCUGAUAACCAACUCUUAAAGAAUCUUGGUGGCAUCAGUUUCUCAAUAAGUGCUGACAAUGCUAGGAAUAAUGUAUAUAAUAUUGACAAUGGUGAUGGAGUUGUAGUUGGGAUAAUCACCCUAUUGGGUGCUCUUGUCUCAUCAGGUCAUCUGAAAUUUAACUCAAAUGCUGUUUCCGAAAGUCCAUCAAGUAGCAUUCUGAGUAUUGUGGGUCCUGAAGAAGGGAAUUCCAUGUUUGAAGACAGAGUUGCUUUGUUACUUUUUGCAUUGCAUAAAGCAUUUCAAGCUGCUCCACAAAGGCUUAUGACCACCAAUGUGUAUAUGGCUUUAUUGGCAGCAAUGACAAAUGUUUCAUCCACUGAUGAUGGCCUGAACAUGUAUGAUUCUGGUCACCACUUUGAGAAUCUCCAACUUUUACUGGUCCUUCUCCGUUCACUUCCCUAUGCAUCCAGGGCAUUCCAGGUUCGAGCUAUACAGGAUCUUCUGUUUUUGGCUUGCAGUCAUCCAGAAAAUAGAACUAGUCUCACUUGCAUGGCAGAAUGGCCUGAGUGGAUGUUGGAGGUUCUAAUAUCUAAUUAUGAGAGGGGUUCAAGCAAAGAUUCAAAUGGUGUAAGCAUUACUGAGAUAGAAGACCUCAUACACAACUUUCUCAUUAUCAUAUUAGAGCAUUCAAUGCAUCAAAAAGAUGGAUGGAAGGAUGUAGAAGCAACAAUUCAUUGUGCAGAGUGGCUGUCAAUGGUUGGGGGAUCCAGUACAGGGGAUCAACGAAUCAGACGUGAAGAGUCGUUGCCUGUCUUUAAAAGAAGACUAUUAGGUGGCUUGCUAGACUUUGCUGCUAGGGAGCUUCAAGUUCAGCAGACUCAAGUUGUUGCAGCAGCUGCUGCUGGUGUAGCAGCUGAGGGGUUGUCACCGCAAGAAGCUAAAGCACAAGCAGAGAAUGCCGCUCAUCUUUCAGUUGCAUUGGCUGAGAAUGCAGUUGUAAUUCUAAUGCUUGUAGAAGAUCACUUGCGGUUACAAGGGCAGCUAUUUUGCACUUCCAAGUCAGUUGAUGGCCAUAGAUCCCCUGCUGCAGUGACUUCAUCCACUGUUAGUCACUCAAAUUCUCUAGGUAGAACUGGCAGUGAAUCUGUGGAUAACAUUGGAUCCAGGAGGACUUCAUUUUCCAGUGAUACUGAUGGUCUUUCCCUGGAUGUCCUUGCUUCUAUGGCUGAUUCAAAUGGCGAAAUUUCUGCAGCAGUUAUGGAGUGCCUUACUGCAGCAGCUGCAGCAGAGCCUUAUGAAUCUGUUCGAUGUGCAUUUGUAUCUUAUGGGAGCUGCGUCUUAGAUCUAGUUGAAGGUUGGAAGUACAGGAGCAGAUUGUGGUAUGGUGUUGGCAUUCCCCCAAAAUUGACAGUCUUUGGUGGUGGGGGAAGUGGUUGGCAAUCUUGGAAAUCUGUUCUUGAAAAGGACUCGGAUGGAAACUGGGUUGAACUUCCAUUAGUGAAGAAGUCAGUAGCCAUGCUGCAGGUACUUCUGUUAGAUGAAUCUGGAAUUAGUGGUGGUCUUGGUAUUGGAGGUGGAUCUGGCACUGGGAUGGGUGGAAUGACAGCACUUUACCUGCUGUUGGACAGUGAUCAGCCAUUUUUAUGCAUGCUUCGCAUGGUUCUUUUGUGGAUGAGGGAAGAUGACAAUGACAAAGAUGAUAUUUUCAUGAGGAAUAUAAGCAUAAAAGAUGGCAUGUCAGAAGGGUUGAGUCAUCAAACUGGGAACACCAAGCCAGUAGAUAAUAAUAAUCUCCCAUCAACAAGGAAACCUCAUUCAGCACUUCUGUGGAGUGUACUUGCACCAAUUCUAAACAUGCCAAUAUCUGAAUCCAAGAGACAAAGGGUGUUGGUUGCAUGUUCUGUCCUUUACUCCGAGGUGUGGCAUGCUAUUGGCAGGGACAGAGAACCUCUUAGGAAACAGUAUGUUGAGGCAAUAUUACCACCAUUUGUAGCCAUUCUAAGACGUUGGCGACCCCUUUUGGCUGGAAUUCAUGAUCUUACUUCCUCGGACGGUCAAAAUCCUCUUAUUGUUGAUGAUCGUGCUUUGGCAGCAGAUGCACUGCCUGUUGAGGCUGCUAUUUCAAUGAUAACCCCUGGCUGGGCUGCUGCUUUUGCAUCACCUCCUGCUGCAAUGGCACUAGCAAUGAUUGCUGCAGGUGCUGGUGGUGGAGAAACUGUGACACCUGCAAGAAAUACCCCACUUAGGCGGGACACAUCAUUACUUGAGCGCAGAACAACUAGACUGCAUACAUUUUCAAGCUUCCAGAAGCCUCUUGAUACACCUAAUAAAUCUCCACCAGCACCAAAAGACAAAGCUGCUGCAAGGGCUGCUGCAUUGGCUGCUGCACGUGAUCUUGAACGUCAUGCCAAGAUUGGCUCUGGAAGAGGUCUCAGUGCUGUAGCAAUGGCAACAUCAGCGCAAAGGAGGAGUGCAAGUGAUAUUGAACGUGCAAAGAGAUGGAACAUAUCAGAAGCUAUGGGUGCUGCCUGGACAGAAUGUCUCCAGUCGGUUGAUUCAAAAUCAAUGUCAGGGAGGGAUUUUUCUGCAUUGACCUAUAAAUAUGUUGCAGUCCUUGUAACAAGCUUUGCUUUAGCAAGAAACAUGCAGCGCAUGGAGAUGGAUAGGCAUGCACAAGUUGAUGUAUUAGAUAGACACCAUGCAUCCAUUGGGACUCGUGCAUGGAGGAAACUUCUUCAUUGCCUAAUAGAGCAGAGUAUGCUCUUUGGACCUUUUGGAGACUCUGUAUCUAAUCCUGAGCAUGUUUUUUGGAAAUUAGAUCUUACAGAAAGUUCAUCAAGGAUGAGAAGAUUUUUGAAGAGGAAUUACAGGGGAUCUGAGCAUUUAGGUGCAGCUGCUGAUUAUGAAGACCGAUUGCAUAUUAAAUCUGGUGAAGAAUCAGAUGUAUGUAUUGUUGAUCCAGAUGCUUCAUUCACCACCAACCUUUCUUCUACUGCUUCCAUCAUAAUACCAGAGGCAAUGUCGGUGGAGGAAAGGAAUGAAGACGAUGAGCAGAUGGAAAAUGAGACUACCAAGAACAGUAUGGACAGCCAGAGGCUUUCUUCAGCUGCUGACCAAUCUUCAAAGGCAUCAUUAGAUCCUAGAAUUUCUGGAGCCUCUGGUGAUCAAAAUUUGGUUCAACCCACACCAGUAGUUGCUCCUGGGUAUGUGCCUAGUGAAACAGAUGAAAGAAUUAUUUUUGAACUUCCUUCAUUGAUGGUGCGGCCAUUGAAGGUUGUACAUGGAACCUUCCAAAUAACAACAAAGAGAAUUAAUUUCAUAAUCAUUGAGCUUGCCAAUCAUACUUCCACAGAGCAUGUGGUGACUUCUGGUCAUAAAGAGCAAGACAAGGAUCGAAGCUGGUUGAUCUCAUCCCUUCAUCAAAUGUUUAGUAGAAGAUAUCUUUUGAGGAGGAGUGCUUUGGAGUUGUUUAUGGUUGACCGGUCAAAUUUUUUCUUUGACUUUGGGAGUAUUGAAGGGUGCAAGAAUGCCUACCGUGCUAUUGUUCAAGCUCGGCCUCCUCAUCUAAAUAAUAUAUAUCUGGCUACACAGAGACCUGAACAAAUUCUCAAAAGAACUCAGCUUAUGGAACGUUGGGCAAGAUGGGAGAUUAGCAAUUUUGACUAUUUAAUGCAACUGAACACCCUGGCUGGGCGUAGCUACAAUGACAUCACCCAGUAUCCUGUUUUCCCAUGGAUCUUGGCGGAUUAUUGUUCAGAGAAAUUGGAUAUUGGGGAUCCUGCUUCAUACAGAGAUCUUUCCAAGCCAAUUGGUGCAUUGAAUCCUGACAGACUAAAGAAGUUCCAAGAGAGGUACUCUUGCUUUGAUGAUCCAGUCAUCCCCAGGUUCCAUUAUGGUUCGCAUUAUUCCAGUGCGGGAACGGUCUUGUAUUAUCUAGUUAGAGUGGAGCCUUUUACUACUCUAGCUAUUCAACUACAAGGUGGAAAGUUUGACCAUGCUGAUCGUAUGUUUGCUGAUAUUAGCAGUACUUGGAAAGGUGUUCUUGAGGACAUGAGUGAUGUAAAAGAGUUGGUGCCUGAGAUGUUCUAUCUGCCUGAGCUACUAACUAAUGUCAACUCAAUUGAUUUUGGCACUACACAACUUGGAGGAAAGCUGGAUUCUGUCAAAUUGCCUCCUUGGGCUGACAGCCCUGUUGAUUUUAUCAAUAAGCAUCGGAUGGCUCUUGAGAGCGAGCAUGUAUCUGCUCAUCUGCAUGAAUGGAUAGACCUUAUAUUUGGAUACAAGCAGCGAGGCAAAGAAGCUGCAGCAGCAAAUAAUGUUUUUUUCUACAUUACGUAUGAAGGGACCAUUGACAUUGAUAAAAUUGCAGACCCAGUACAACAACGUGCUACACAAGACCAGAUUGCAUACUUUGGGCAAACCCCCUCUCAGUUAUUGACUGUCCCACACUUGAAGAAAAAGCAACUUGCAGAUGUACUACACUUGCAGACAAUAUUUCGGAAUCCUAGUGAAAUUAGACCUUAUGUGGUUCCAAAUCCAGAACGCUGCAAUGUUCCUGCUGCUGCUAUUUUUGCAUCACACGACUCUGUUAUAGUUGUAGAUGUGAAUGCACCCGCAGCAAAUGUAGCACUGCACAAAUGGCAACCAAAUACUCCUGAUGGCCAAGGAACACCUUUCCUGUUUCAACAUGGGAAAGCUUCUGCAAGUUCCACUGGUGGAACACUAAUGCGCAUGUUCAAAGGGCCAGGGGGAUCUUGUACAGAAGACUGGCAAUUCCCUCGGGCUUUAGCAUUUGCUGCAUCUGGAAUACGAAGUUCUGCUGUUGUUGCAGUAACAUGUGACAAAGAAAUUAUCACUGGUGGGCAUGCUGAUAAUUCUGUAAAAUUGAUAUCCUCGGAUGGAGCAAAGACCAUUGAGACUGCAGCAGGACAUUGUGCACCUGUUACUUGUCUGGCUCUCUCUCCAGACAGUAAAUAUCUGGUUACAGGUUCUCGUGACACAACUGUAAUACUUUGGAGAAUACAUCGGAUGUCCCCUUCAAACAUGAAUAGUGUUUCAGAACCUUCCACAACCAUAUCUACAACUCCAACGAGUCCUAAUGCAGGUGUUAUUAGCUCAAACGGUACCCCUGAAACUAGGAGGCGCCGGAUUGAAGGGCCUAUGCAUGUGCUGAGAGGUCAUCUUGGGGUGGUAGCAUGCUGUUCUGUUAGUUCUGACCUAGGCAUUAUUGCUUCCUGCUCAGACACUUCUGGUGUUCUUCUGCAUUCUUUAAGGAGAGGUCGGUUGAUGCAAAAGCUGGAUAUUAGGGAAGUACAUGCAGUGUGCCUCUCAUCUCAAGGAGUUGUAUUAAUAUGGAACAAGUCAGAGAAAAAGCUUUCAACCUUUACAGUCAAUGGGAUCCCCAUUGCUACAACAAUUCUAUGCCCUUUUUCUGGCACAAUCAGUUGCAUUGAGAUUUCUGUUGAUGGGAAAAGUGCUUUAAUCGGGACCUGUUCUUGGAGAGAUGAUAAGCAAAAAGAAGAAUGUGCUUCGGAAGAUGGUUUGCAAUUGAAUAAGCCCAAUUGUGGUGCAACAAAAUCACUUCCAAAUGAAGCGGAUGAAGAAAGACUCGCCAUUCCUGUGCCUUCAGUUUGUUUCCUUAAUUUACAUACUCUGAAGCUAUUUCAUACCUUGACCCUAAGGGAAGGUCAAGAUAUCACUGCUAUAGCUCUAAACAAGGAUAACACCCAUCUUUUGGUUUCAGCAGCAGAUAAACAGCUCAUUGUCUUCACUGACCCUGCUUUAAGCCUGAAGGUAGUGGAUCAGAUGCUUCGGCUUGGUUGGGAAGGUGAUGGGUUGCUCCGGUGAUGAGCAAGUGCAAAAGGUUUAGUACAUUCGUGGAACUUUGGCGAGUCUUAGCCAGCGGUGGAACAACUACACAAGUUGAAAGAAUCGCCGUGUGUCCAAAUUGUAGUUUCAGUGUCUAGAUAUGUUUGUGUAAAG